ACUAUAACCCCCUAAGCAUUUGAAAAAUGAGUGGAUCAGAUUACAGAAUCCAGCAACCUUAUCCUCUCUUGAUACAAGAAACUGCAGCAUACCCUCUUAGUUUUUCCCACAAAAAUUACCAGAAAAAUUUCGUUUGAAGGAAUUCAGGAAUGGCAUCAACAUUUCUGUCAACUGCAAACACAUUCCUCCACUCCACCUUGUCAUCUUCUUCAACAUCUUCCUCCUCCUCCUCUUCAUCUUCUUCUUCAACUGCAUUAGUUUGUCCAGAUGUGAAGAGAAAAUUCACACUUUGCAAGGCAAUAAUGUGUGAUUCAGAACCUUCAUCUUCUCUAGGGGUUUUAACAAAAAGGGGAUUUUCUGUUUGCUUCAUCACCAGCUUAUUCUUCUCAUUGGGUAGUGCCAAGGCAGCAAUUUUAGAAGCUGAUGAUGAUGAAGAGCUCUUGGAGAAAGUGAAGAAGGACAGGAAGAAAAGGCUGGAAAGGCAAGGAGUCAUAGAUUCAUCUAAAAAGGAAAAAGGUUACUUGCAGGAUGCUGUGUACCAGUUGAGCAAAGUAGGUGAAGCCAUCGACAAUAAGGAUCUGUCUGCAGCUAGUUCUGUUCUUGGGAGAAGUACUGAUACGGAUUGGGUCCAAAAGGCUAAUAUAGCCUUCACUAAGCUGAGCUCCAGUCCCGACGAGAAAACUCAGGUUGAAGUGUUCAAUUCCUCGCUUGCUUCCUUAAUAUCUUCAGUUACAAGCAAAGACAUUGAAUCCUCCAAAACUGCUUUUGUGUCAUCAGCCACUGCACUUGAGAAAUGGAGUUUCUUGUCAGGGCUUGUUGAACAACUUAAGGGGCUCUAAGAGUGUCAGGCCAUUGGUUUUAACUUUAUGGAACUUGUUCAAAUAGAAAUUUGGAGUUCCAUUGCUUAGCCUUUCCUCAUAUUUUUCCAGUGUUCUCUAAAGUCCGAGAUCAACAGGCUAAAUUUGCCAUAAAUUUUGUUGUGAUUGUUCUUUUACAUUAGUGAAUUCUCCUAUUCUGACACUAAGACAUGCAGAAACAUACAUCAAUGGUGCUUUA